UAUCGGAAAGAAAGAGUAACAGGAAGCAAAACAAGCGAUAUUAUAUUGUGUUCUCUAAGAAGAGAUUCAUAGGAAAAGAAGCGCGCAAAGAACAAUGGCUUAUAAGCAAAUACUGCGUUCUGAUCUCCAGGUUCUUCUGGAUAAAUACAGAGAAAUACGCGAUAAAUAUUCCGCGCUGCACGUUUUUAGCGACAUGCAGCAAAGAUCCUUAGAAUGCGAGCGCGAAGAAUUGGAAAAGAUGAAGAACAAAUUUAAGAAUAUGCUUCGCUGGUUAAUGAGACGCGAGGAACAGUACAAGGCAUCCUUGGAUCGCUUGGAAAAAGAGAACGAACAACUGCACUGUGUCCUAGCCGCUACACAACGAGAACUCGAACGAGAUGAACUCCUAAACAAUGACAAAGUUUCUAAAUUGCAGGGUGAAAUCGAUUUCUUGCGCGUGCAAAUAAUACAGCUCGAGGAUAAACACAAACAACAAUUAAUGUCCCAAGAUAAACGUCACGAGGACGAGAUUUUGAAAUACAAACGUUUUUUGGAUAGCGCUAAUGCGAAAUUGUUUUUGAAACAAAAUGUACCUUCGAAAAAAAUUCAUGGAACGAAGAACCGAUCGUGGAACGCAGAACAUCCUGCUUUUAUAAAUGAUGAAAGUAUGGAAAGAAAGACAAACCGAGUUGUCAAAUUGCCUGAUUUAGGGAUUGUUAAACACGUCCGUAAAAGAAGAAAAUUAUUUCAAAAAGACGACGAAACUGUGAUUGACAUUAUUUAA